AUCAUUUACAGCUGGCGAUGUUGCGAAUUCUGCAGAAUUGCAGGUCGACAUGCAACAGCCAGUUGUCGAAGUUCAAUCAUCACUAACCAGUUACCCGGUGCAUGACGACCUACCUCUCCACGUGUCAGAAAUCUGUCAAUUACUCGAUGUGCAGCCUGUUGAACAAUUAUUUACUGGCGAUGUUGCGAAUUUUGCAAUCGAACCACCAAAUGUUGUCGCUGUGUCGGACGAUCAGCUUGUCACAUCACCAAAAGCUGAUACCGUCCAACAACAAAAAAUGUAUACAGAAUGUUUUGAUUUCCUUGACAGCAUGGAAACUUCAGUGGCCGAUAUGCACACCAAACACUUUUUGACCACACUUUUGGCUGGCUUUGAUACUGGCAAAUUGAAACAUCUGUGUGAUCAAAUCGAACAAUAUAACAUGUGCAUUGCAAAGCAAUACCAUGUAAAAGACGGGUGUUACGAUAAAUGUAUGUUGGAAUUUAUUCGGACGAACCUGGAGAGUCGCGGGAUCACCACAGCGGUUGCCAGAUAUGGUUUUUCUGUUCUCCUGUUAAACGCAUACAACCGAGUCGCCGAUAGCAGCAAUCCAGAGGAUUUGAUAACCCUGGACAAGUUGACAGAGGAGAGUAUUCAACAUUUUGAAGCGCAUCCUUAUGAUAAAUAUACUGAUGACAUGACCGACAAGAUGAGGACCGACGAUUCGACGUGCGUGAAAAUGCACGACGAAAAGCUGUUUUGGGACGACCUACGUCCUAUUGUCGAGCGUGGUCAUUGGUAUACCACUAAGACCCUAGAGGUACAACUCAUGAACGUGGUAAAAAAGCACGAAGUGGAUCACUUGGUGGAAGUGCUAGACACGACAUUGUUCAGAUAUUGGAAGGGUAAGGUGGAAAAAGAUCAAAAAGAAAAAUGUAAAACUCCUAUUUCCCAAAACGAGUCGAAGAAAGCGCUAGUGGCGCUUUCUUUUGUACCUUAUAACACUGAUAACGUGUUGUAG